CAGGCAACAAGGUGAGCCGGCAGUCCGUGCUGUGCGGCAGCCAGAACAUCGUCCUCAACGGCAAGACAAUAGUUAUGAACGACUGCAUCAUCCGUGGUGACCUGGCGAACGUGCGGGUGGGACGGCACUGCGUGGUCAAGAGUCGCAGCGUCAUCAGGCCCCCCUUCAAGAAGUUCAGUAAAGGGGUGGCUUUCUUCCCUCUGCACAUUGGUGACCAUGUCUUCAUAGAAGAGGACUGCGUUGUCAACGCGGCCCAGAUCGGCUCCUAUGUGCACAUAGGCAAGAACUGUGUCAUUGGACGUAGAUGUGUUUUGAAAGACUGCUGCAAAAUCUUAGACAACACAGUGCUUCCUCCUGAAACCGUAGUUCCACCUUUCACUGUCUUCUCGGGCUGCCCAGGACUCUUCUCCGGGGAGCUCCCGGAGUGCACCCAGGAACUCAUGAUUGACGUUACCAAGAGCUAUUACCAGAAGUUCUUGCCACUCACUCAGGUCUAGUAGCCCAUUUCCCACGUUUCAAGCACACAGGAGCAUUCAGGGGUGGGGAGAGGGGUUUUGUCCAGUGAGGCCAGAGCUCUCCUGAGCACUCCCGUGCUGUGCCUCAGCCUGGCCGGGCAGUCCCUUGUGAAAGCUGCUGUGUCCUGUUCAGCCUUUGUAUGCUCAUCCAGUGUUCUCCAUUCCACGUUGUCUGAAUUGUGCCACUGAAUGUUCUGGAGCUGGGAAAGCUGAAACACUUGGGGCAGCAGCUGGGGAAUGAGGCAGAGCUGACACAUGCUCUGCAGCCUCAGCCUGUCUGCUCAGCUCUGUCCUAACCCAAAGCUAGGCUAAGGUUUGCUAGGAGCAGAUUCCAUCCCAGCAGGGCUGUUCUGGCUGUGCUGUGGGCACUUACCAGGGUUCAUUAGACCCAGGCCUUCCCUUUGGCACAGUACUUGCUGCCCAUGGGCCUGCAGGCUGAGCUGUGUGGCCUCUUCCUUUCCUCCCUGGGAUUCUGUUCAGGGGUUCGUCAUCCUGCUGUUGGUUUUAGGGGUUUUAGCUGACACUGCCACCUUUCUGUGCUUGACAGGAUGUUUCUUAGCUUUUAGCUCCUGAAGCACACUGACCUCAGUCCUGUGCUCUCACCCCUCAGGGCUGGUGUUCUUGGGGUCAGUGCCACUUCCUGAAUAUCACAGACCUUAAAGAGCUAAAGGCCUUUGAAAAGAGGAUUGCCAUGUCACUCACAGAAUUCAGUGCAGCAGAAAGUGGGUAAUUAAAAGUGAGAGAAUGCUGCAACUGUGCCCAUUUAUUACCCAGAGUCUGUAUUUGCAGAAAGCUCUUUGGUGCUUUUCUGAAUUAUGAAACUUAAGAAUGACAGUCAAACUUCUUAGAAAGAGUGAAGAUUUCAUUUUGGACACGUAGUAGAGCAGGAAUAGUUCUUGCUGAGAGCAGCUCUGAAAGUUGGAGUCAUCUGAUGCUUGUGUACCUGAGUACAGACAACUGGCUGCCUGCUCUAGCUGUGCUCUGUUAAAGCUUAGCAUAGUCCUGCUCUGUUUUAAACUGGGGCUCCUGCAUGUUGUAGUGUAGCAGCUGAGGCCAGGACACCCCGUAUUAGGUGUGUGGUAGGUGUGUGGCUGUGGAUGAGCAGCCCUGGAGCCUCAGCUGAUCUGUGUAGCAAAUGCUGAUACACCUUAAUAGCAAAUAGUUGUAUGAGUACUAACUGUGUAGUAGCUGCUGUACAUCACAUGUAAAACCACUGACUGGUUUGUAUUUUUACUGUACAUAAAUUAAAGCCUCUUCAGUUGUUCAAGUGA